CACAGUAUGGUAAUUAUCCCAGCUGUGGGUUGCACGGGGGUAACUUCACAUAACUUUAUUUUCUAAUUGUGUUGGCAGAUUAUAACAUUUAUUUCAAAAGUAGCCAUCUCCCCUGGUCAAAAAGAAACAGAUGGCAGAUGACGUCAUUUUCUUGUUACAUUACCCUCACUCCUGAUUUGACAGAAAUCAUUCUUAUUUCCGGUUUUUGAUCCAAACAUUACUAAUACGUUCCCGAAACAACUGUAGACUGAUCGACAACUGUGGGAGAAAUGGCAGAAUUCACUGAGAAAUUCAGCUCUUUCACCAUGACACAGCUAAACGAGAUGCUUGAAGACGACGAAAAGCUGAAUUCUAUUGUUAAAGAAAUGGAUGAGAUGCGUGAGGUGCAACAGAUGAAGGAAUUGACCCUGGUCAGUAACAUCAGUCUGGCAGAACAGAAUCUUAAACUGCAGCCCAGUCUAGACCUUCAGAAGAACCGGCUCACCUCUCGCUACCGCCACCUACAGGAGCUCUAUGACGACUACCAGCUACGCAAGUCCACGCUUUACCAUGGUUCAGGAAACUGUUCUCUGGAUAUUUUGCUGGCCCUGCUGCAAGCCGAGGGAGCCAAGAUAGAGGAGGAGACGGAGGUGACCCGCCACUGCACUCACAAGACUCUCACAAAAACACACCAAUACACAUUGUAUUUACUCCUACAGAACAUGGCAGAUUCCUUCCUGGAUGGGGAACUGCCUCUGGACUGCUUUAUCGAUGACUAUCAGCGGAGGCGCUGUCUCGCUCACCUGCGCCGCGUCAAAAUCGACAAACUCCGAGAGCUGGUUCUGAAGGGUCUCACUCGGCCCCGGCAGACCCCCUCCCAGCCCAGUCGCCCCCAGGAUCUCCCCUCGACCCCCUCGCCCUACACUAAUGGAGCUCAGUCCCCACAAUCCACCAGAGCAGCACCUUCUCCUCAGCCCCAGCACAGUGGCCUGCCUUACCCAGUCACUCCCUACCCCCCCAUGCCUUUCUCCAACCUGGGUCCUACAGGCUGUCCCAGUGGGCCCAACAUGUCCCAGGCAUACCCCCAAACCCCUCAGCAACACUCUCCCUCACCAUGUCUGAGCCCCCGGACUGGCUUUAUCAUGCAAUGAGAAGGGGUCUAUCUCCAUAGCAACGCCGAGGAUAAGGGGCCUAUAUGCCUUUGACCCUUGACCUGACAAUGAAGGAGGGACGUCGACCCAUCAAGGAGGGCUGGUUACUUAACCAAUGGCAGACCCUCAUUCACUCUCUCACACACACACACACACACACACACACACAC